CCGUCACUGACAUGUGGGCCCUCCUCCAAUCCUCGUCCUGGCUUCUCCUGCUUGCUUUCCUCGCCAAGUCCGCAACAGCAAGACGACCUUGACCUCCCCUCUCAAAAAGAAAAAAACCCAGCAAGACGAGCUAGGCUACCUCACCUUGUGAUUCCCCGGCCGGAACCCGGCAUCAUCUCACCUUGUGAUUCGUGAUGCGGCUCUUUUCCGCCGCCGCUGCCGCACUCCUCCUUCCCCUCCUCGCGGCGUCGGCGCAGGCCUCCGCCCUGCCCUUCAUCGUCCUGCACGGGAUUGGGGACCAGUGCGCCAACCAUGGCGUCGCCAAGUUCACCCAACGUCUCGCCGAAUGGUCUGCCACCGACGGCUACUGCCUAGAAGUUGGCAGAGGAACAUGGGACUCCUGGGUCAUGCCUCUUCAACAACAGGCUGAUAUCAUUUGCAAGAAGGUAAAGGAAAUGAAAGAACUCAACAACGGAUAUAACAUAGUUGGUCUUUCUCAGGGGAACUUGAUUGGUCGAGCAGUAGUUGAGUAUUGUGAUGAUGGGCCACCGGUCAAGAAUUUCAUUUCGCUCGGUGGUCCUCAUGCUGGUACCGCUUCAGUGCCACUUUGUGGUUCUGGUAUUUUCUGCGUUAUUGUCGAUGCUCUAAUUAAAUUGGAGAUCUACUCAGACUAUGUGCAGGCACAUCUUGCACCUAGUGGUUACCUCAAAAUCCCAACUGAUAUGGCAGAUUAUUUGAAGAGCUGCAGGUUUCUCCCAAAACUUAACAAUGAAAUUCCAGGUGAAAGAAAUGCUACCUACAAGGAAAGGUUCAGCAGCUUAAAGAAUUUGGUACUGAUCAUGUUUAAGGAUGACGUGGUCUUGAUACCUCGGGAAACAGCUUGGUUUGGUUACUACCCUGAUGGAGCCUUUGAUCCAGUCCUACCACCUCAGAAGACAAAGCUGUAUGUGGAAGACUGGAUUGGCUUGAGGAGACUAGAUGAAGCAGGGCGAGUUAAAUUUGUCUCUGUGGCAGGGGGUCACCUGGGCAUCUCCAAAGGUGACAUGAAGAAAUACAUUGUGCCUUACCUGGCGGACAAAUCAUCAGAGAAGACCCUUCAUACUAUUGCAAGUAGGAUUGUAACAGAGACAAAAGACAGCGGUGGAAUAGAGAAAAAUGAACUCUUGUAUUGAUUCUUUAGAUAUAUGAUGAAAAGAUAUGUCUAUUAGUAAGAUAUUUUUUUUUAAUAGAUAUAACUAUUGUAGUUGACUAAUUGAUCACAUGAUAUUUAUUUUAAACAUUUUUACUUGA